UUUCCCUUGGGGACCUUCACAGCGAACGUGAGCGGGGUUAUGAUUCUAGGUAUGGCUUAUUCUCUGCAGCGUGCGUCGAUAAGUUCGUCUGCCCUGGGAGGUGGCAGUUUCAUUGGCUGUCAGGUUCUGGAAGGCAUCAUGGACGGAUUUUGCGGUUGUCUUACAACCGUCAGUACCUGGGUUUUGGAAUUAUCUGAUUUACGCAGGCGGCAUGCUUACACAUAUGGAAUUUUGAGCGUGGCUGUUGGUAUUUGCAUGCUGGUUAUAGAAAUUGGAAGCUUGAAGUGGACUCGUGGCUUUGUUACCCCGAUA